GGGUUCGCCAAGCAUCACCUGUAGAAUAUAAAACUCGGAAUGUCCGGUUGCAGAGAUUGAGAAAACGUUUACACCACCAUACCACCCGCGAGUUUCGCUGUUUGACCUGCCAUGGCUGCCCUCUCCCGCCUCAAUGGGCAGAUCUCCACCUUUCUCGCUGUUGGCUUUCUAGCCUCGUGGGUCAUUACCGCUUUGAGUUUGACCGCCAUCAAUGUGCUCAAUACUGAAGCCACUUUCACCGCGCAAGCUGCCUCCGUCAGCUUGCUCACGUUCCUCGUUUGCCGAUUGCUGGUCCGCCUUCAGCCUGUCGCUCCCACCGAGGGGAGAACCAUCGCGCAUCUCCUUGCAACAGCAGACUACGGUUCCCGACAUGGCUCGCUCAUUCUCAUCUCCUUCUGCAGCACAUGGCUGUACGAGCUGCUGACCAAAGGCGUCCUCCUGCUCCUGUUGACCUUCUUUGGCGGCGUCAUGGCGACCGUAAUCUACAACGACCCCAACUUCUCGGAAAACUGGCAGGCAGAGCCGGUAGCCGACCAGACCCAAACGAUGACGGCGCUGGCUGAGAUUGAUGAGUUCAAGGAAAAGGCUGGCUUCGAUCCGACGCAAUUAUUUCGAUGGAUCCCACCUCAGGCAAUUGUCUACUUCAUCGCCCUAGUGUGGCUUAACUUCAUCAGUCUGGGGCUGUACAUUCUCGGCCAUGGACUGAAGGCGCUUUGUAGGGUCUUAGGCUUUACUGUUACGCGCAACACGAGCAAAGAUGCCCGCACGGUGGAAGGGCACUCCUGAGCUUGCCCGAUGCCAUAUUGGAUUAGGGGAUACACCGUGUAUAAACAACGGACGGGUAUCGUCAAGACUAGUGUCAAAUGUACAGCAUGAUUUACUCAACCGCAUAUUACGAUUGCAAUUCCUAUCCUAUCCUAGCGCCGUCUCAGGUGUUCUAUCCUCUUCGUAUCCGCAAAAUAUAUUCAUUGUGAC